CGCGCGGGGAGGGCGCUGCGGCCGCCGGCCGGCAGGGGGCGCGCGAGGCGGGCGGCGCUGCCGGGCCGGGCGGCGGAAGGACGGACAGACAGACGGACGGACGGAGCGGCCGGCGGGGCCCAGCGGCACCGGCACCCCCGGCCCGGCGGGGACAGAAAAUGCUCUGAACGUGAACUGGGUGGCACCCGCUGGAACUAAAUCUGUCCAAAGAAAAUCCUCCUCCACGCUGUUAGUGGUGAGGAGGGGUGCCGUGCGCGGGAUGGGCUCGGAGAACAGCGCUCUGAGGAGCUGCACACUGGAGGAGCCGCCGUUCACGCUGCCCUCCGGCCACACCGUGCACCCGGCCGUGCUGCAGGAUGGCAGACUCGCCUCCGUGUUCGUGUACAGGCGCGAGAACGAGGAGAAGGUCAAUAAAGCUGCCAAGCACCUGAAAACCUUGCGCCACCCCUGCCUUCUGCGCUUCCUCUCCUGCACUGUGGAAGCCAACGGGAUCCACCUGGUGACAGAGCGGGUGAGGCCCUUGGAGGCGGUCCUGGAGACGCUCUCGGCCGCAGAAAUCUGUGCAGGGAUCUACGACGUGUUGCUGGCACUCAUCUUCCUCCAUGACAGGGGAAACCUGACGCACAACAACGUCUGUUUAUCGUCAGUGUUUGUGAGUGAGGAUGGGCACUGGAAGCUGGGAGGAAUGGAGACAGUGUGUAACUUCAGUGAAGCUACCCCAGAGUUCCUCUGUCACGUGAGGUCGGUGCGAGACCAGUCGUGCAUCCCUUGCGAGGAGAUGUCUGCAGACUUCAAAAUCCUGCCCAGCAGCUAUGGGCAUGCGAGGGACGCCUACGCAUUUGGGACAACAGUUGAGAAUCUCCUGACAGUUCUCAAUGACCAGGUUUCAGCAGAUACUCUCUCCAGCUUUCAGCAAACCUUGCACUGUACACUGCUGAAUCCAGACCCAAAGUGUCGCCCACCGCUGUCCAGCUUAUUGUCUCACGAGUUCUUCAGGAAUGAUUUUCUGGAAGUUGUGAAUUUUCUGAAGACCUUAACACUCAAGUCUGAGGAGGAGAAAACUGAAUUUUUCAAAUUCCUGCUGGACAGGGUGGCUGGCUUGUCGGAGGAGCUGAUAGCAUCACGGCUGGUGCCUCUCCUACUCAAUCAGCUCGUGUUUGCAGAACCUGUAGCUGUCAAGAGUUUUCUUCCUCAUCUGCUGGGCCCAAAGAAAGAGCAAAGUGGGGAGAGCCAGACCAGCUGCCUGCUGUCUCCAGCCCUGUUCCAGGCCCACGUGAUCCCUGUGCUGCUGAAGCUGUUCGAGGUGCACGAGGAGCACGUGCGGAUGGUGCUGCUGUCUCACAUCCACGCCUACGCGGAGCUGUUCUCUCGGGAGGAGCUGAAGAACAUCAUACUGCCACAGGUGUUGCUGGGGCUGCGGGACACCAGUGACUCCAUCGUGGCGAUAACCCUGCACAGCCUGGCCGUCCUCGUCUCCCUGCUUGGGCCUGACGUCGUUGUAGGGGGAGAAAGAACCAAGAUUUUCAAAAGCUCUGCACCAAGUUUCAUGAAAACUGCUGAUCUCUCCCCGGAAGGUUCCCCCAGUCAUGGUGUGAGCAAUCAGAGGAAACAAACCUCCCGGCCCCUGAAGAGCAGUCCCAGCUCAUUCCCCAGCUCUGCAAAUGCACCUGGCAAAAAGCUCCCUGUGCGACGAGACAAUGCCCUGGCUUCAAAGACAGGUGAGCAAGGCACUCAGCCCCCCGUGAAUGGCAUUCCUGGAGGCAUUAAUGCACUGGGGAACAGCAGGAGCUCUCUGACUACCUCGGAAAAGCCAGCAGAGGAGUGGCCAGACUGGAGCGAGCCAGAGGAGACGGACACUGAGAAAACUGUGAACAUUCAGAUUCAGCCCCGGGAGCUGCGGGGCAGCACGGGACCUUAUUUUGCUGAUCAUGAUGUAGACGAGAAGCCUUGGGAUGACUUUGAACCCAGCAGCCCCAGUCCUAAACUGUCCUCAGGAAAGUGCCCCACUGUGACUCAGGCUGAUGCAGCUGAAAGGCCGAGGCCUCUGCCUGGUACCCAUCAACUGAGCAAAGAAUUCAAAAGCCUCAGACUGAGUCCCCCCACAAAGCCUUGCCCUGGGAACAGCUGGAGCAAUGACAAGUGGGACCCUGAGGAACAACUGGGAGAAACUGUGUUGCCAAAAACCUUUCAGGAAAGGUUGAAGUCUUCAUCAGAGUCUGGCCUGGGAGAAGAAUUCACGAUCAAAGUAAAGAGGAAACCUGUGCAAGACCCUGAGCUGGACUGGUUUGCUGACAUGACCCCAGACAUUAAACCUUCCGCCCUCUUGAUUUUACCUGAGGCAAGGACAGAAGCACCUCACUCGGGUGGGGUGUCCAGCAGAGGAGGUGCCUCCCAGACUGUGCUGUUUUCAUCCAAAUUUGCAGCAGCUGAUGUGACUGAGGCUGAAGCUACAGGCUGGGGUGAAGAAGAGGAGUUGAACUGGGAAGAUGACACAAACUGGUGACAGUUGUGAAGGAGACCAAGGCGAUGUACAGAGUGUUGGAUCCUCUGACAGGAGUUGCUGUUUCCCCAGUACAAUGGAUUGAGUACCUCAGCGCUGCUUUUGCCACAAGGCAGGCACUUGCUGCACAGCCACGAGAUCUGUGGGGCCUGAGCUCUGCCAGGGAUGCUCCUUCCCAGUCUGUGCCAAAAGCUGCAGGGGUGAGCCUGCACUCGAGCAAUAUGCCCAGCUGUGGUGCUGCCACUGCUCCCAGAGAGGACACAGUGAUGGUGGUGAUGGUGCUGACAUGCUACUGGAGGCCAAGAGUGGUGUAGGAGAUUGAUUGAUCCUGAACUCACCCCUGCCCUGAAAAACUGCUGACAAUAAAUGAAAGUCACACUGAGUUUCUUGGUUAAUGUGCCUUUUUCCCUUGGUUUUCUUGGUUUUUUUUCCUAUCCCAGAAAAGUGAAGCCCUUAGAAAUGGCUCCUUUUAACCUUUCAGCUAAGAGAUGAUUUUAAGAUGAAUGUACAGUUUAUUAAACUUAUUUAUUUCUGUUUGUAUAGUUCUGUCAGUGGAUGGCACAAGAGGUGCUAGGAACCAUACAGUGAACCACCACAAACUGCUUAAACACCAUGUUCUUUCUGCUCCUAACUGUGACCAAUAAAGAUUAUUUUUAAAGGA